CGGAAUCACCCUCGGUGGACUUCGUGCAUGGGGGGCUCUUCCAUCCCAAACUCGCUGAUGCCAAGCGCCAGCGACUGAGGACCGCCGCUCUCCAACCACCACCCUCCGACCAUCGCCCUCCCAACGCCGUACGCCGUGGAUGCUUCCGACUGCCUGCGAUUGCAUCUGUGAACUGACUGCCCCCGCCCCCGCAACAGCCUUUGCCCCGGUGCUGCUUCCCCUCUCUGCCCGAGCACGGGACGACAAUGACAGGAUACGACAAAAUCGUCGAGGCCGAUGCCGAGGAGGAGUGCAGGGCUUGGAUACGCAGGCUUAUCGACGCAAAAGACGAAGUUGUGGCCUUUGUAGAUGCUCGCCUGAAUGGCGGUGGAGCCGGGACGUACAAGGGUUUUUUCAAGGGAUCUUUUAACCUUAGCUAUCACAUCGACUUCGGCGAUCGACGACCAAGCGUUCUCAUCCGCUUUGCAAUGCCGGGCGAGUCGGCAACGCCAUGGAGAGCCGAAAAGGUCGCGAACGAAGUGCGAUUCAUAGAGUAUCUCCGCGAGAACACCUCCAUUCCCUACCUCACAUACACUGCUGGGGAUCAGUGGAGGAGAGCCCGCGGCAGUUGGGGCCAUUUAUCAUCAUGGACUUCGUCCGGGGGACUCAUCUACGAGGCAACGCUCGACAAGGUCUACGAGCAAAUCGCUGAUUACAUGCUUCAAAUAUCUUGUCUCGCAUUCUCCCGUAUCGGAGCCAUCUCCAAGGAUGACGGCGAAUCGGGGACAUGGACUGUUACCGGGAGGCCCCUGACAUUUGACAUGAACAUAUUGGCGACGAGCACAGGCUACCCCGUGGACCAGUUUCACACCGCACCGUUAGAUCUCGCGAGCGACUUCUUCGAGUUAGUGGCGCGCCAGCAUCUCCUGCACCUCGAUACCCAGCGAAACCUUGCCGACGACGAGGCCGACGCUCAGAGGCGGUUCGUCGCCCGUCAGCGGUUCAAGCAGCUCAUCCCAAAGUACUGCACCGACAACGCCGGGCCGUUCAGGAUCUUCUGCGACGACAUGCAGCCCUCGAACAUGCUCAUUGACCCAGAUACCCUCCGUAUUACUGCCAUGCUCGACUUCGAGUUCACGAACAGUAUGCCGGCCCAGUUCGCGUACGACCCGCCAUGGUGGCUGUUGUUGAGGGGACCGGGCAUAUGGAUUGAAGACGACGGCAUGGACGACUUCUUGGCCAGUUACUCGUCAUUGGCCCGGGGUGGAGGCCCGGCAGCGGAACUGCGUCUUUCCACCCGGAUGCGUGAAUCAUGGAGGACCGGGCGUUUCUGGUUCAACUAUGCCGCAAGGAGGUGCCUAGAUGUCGACAUCAUCUACUGGGAGGCUUUGCAUGAUCAUGGAGAUGGCGAUGGUCUCUCCUUGCUCGACCCGGCGACGCGGGCCGAGGCGAGGCGCUUGGUACGGACAAAGAUGGAGCAGCUGAGCCCAUAUAAGGCCGAAUGUGCCACACCAUCGAAGCAGCAUCCCAAGCGGCCAACACCAAGCUGACCAGCGUCUACAACGAUUUGGACUCUCAUUUGACGGACAUUAAGAUAGCCAAGACUACGGGAAAUACCGGAGCCAUCAUAGGAGCCAUCCUGUGUUUCACUCCUGCGGCAGCGAUAGGGGCUGGUCUAACAGCUGUAGGCGCAGCCACCUCGCUUGGCGCAGAUACUGGGGGGACUUGCCUUUUCGAGCACAACGCCUCUGAAGAAUUCGAAAAGAUCAUG